AUGAUUUUACACAACUUACCUCACGCGAUACGGUUCGGAUACGUUGGCGUGAUUUUUGCCUCUCUUACCAACAAUCUCUUACGACUCAUCUCGUCAAGGCUUCGUUUGACUUCCUUUCGCCAAAAGGGCGAUUUCCGGGUUCUUGUGGACGAAUCUAAGCGGAAGCAGGCCAUACAAUUGUACGCCCCUCCCUCGCGGGAAGCCACACUAAGCGUCCCUUUUCCACGACGGACGUUGUGCAACUCGGCUGUGACCCUCUACUGCGUGAAGAGUUGA